AUGGCACUUGAAGCUCAUGGAGUUGAGUAUUCUUCAAGCUGUUCUCGUUCAUACAGGAAGCACAAGCAUGAUGUGUUUUUAAGCUUUCGAGGAGAAGACACUCGCAAGACAUUUACAGACCACUUAUAUGCUGCUUUGUGUGACAAUCGACUGAUAACCCUUAGGGACGAAGAAGAACUGGAAAGGGGAGAAGUUAUCAACCUGAGUUUGAAUCAAGCAAUUGAAGACUCUUUAUCUGCAAUUGUUGUACUCUCUAAAAACUAUGCUUCUUCCAGAUGGUGUUUAAAUGAGCUCCUAAAGAUCCUUCAUUUUAAGAAAGAGCUGGGCCUUCAUGUAUUUCCAAUCUCUUAUGGCAUAGACCCAUCUGAUGUUCGGCAUCAAAGAGGAAGUUUUGAAGAAGCCUUUGUAAAGCAUGAACAAAAAUUUGCACAUAACGAAGUGCAAAGAUGGAGGGAUGCUUUAAAGGAAGUUGCUAACAUAGCUGGCUGGAACUCCCAAGAUUAUCGAUAUGAAAUAGAACUCGUUGAUUUGGUUGCUGAAAAAGUGAUGAGGUCAAAAUUAAAUGAUGAACUGCCGUUUGACUUAGAUGAUGGUGAACUGGUUGGAAUUGAUGUAAAAAUAGCAGAAUUUGAGUCAGUUCUGUCAAAUACAUCGGAGGAAGUUCAAUUUAUAGGAAUAUGGGGAAUGGGAGGGUUAGGCAAAACUACUCUUGCUAAAAUUGUUUAUGAGAGAAUAUACAAAAACUACGAAGUUCAUUUCUUUCUUCAUAAUGUUAGAGAGAAGUCUGCAAAAGAAGGUGGUUUACUUUCAUUGCAACAUAAACUUCUUUCUCAUUCGAAAAGAAGAAAUCAUAUGGAAGUGCGUGAUUGUGACGAAGGAAAAAUGCUGAUAAAAAAAAAAAGGUGGUGUAAUACCAAAGUUCUACUUGUCCUUGAUGAUGUGAGUCUAAUAAGCCAACUUGAGAAUUUGGCUGGAAAGAAAGAAUGGUUUGGUCAAGGGAGAAGAAUAAUAAUAACAACUAGAGAUCAGCGUCUUUUAGUUGAGCAUGGUGUUUCUCAAUAUAAGAUGAAUUUCUUAAGUCAAGUCGAUUCCCAUCAACUUUUUCUUCAAAAAGCUUUCAAGGAAGAUCAACCAAAUGAACAUUAUUUGGAGCUUUCUAAAACUGUGAUUAAAUCUGCCAAAGGACUUCCUUUGGCACUCAAAGUAUUUGGUUCAUUUCUUUGUGGAAGAAGUGAAUCAGAAUGGGAGGAUGCGCUUAGGAAGGUUCCUCCAAAUGGCAUUUUGGAGAUACUUAAAGUGAGCUUUGAUGGACUAGAAUAUAAUGAGAAGAAUAUAUUCUUAGAUAUUGCUUGCUUUUUCAAUGGGAUGGCUAAGGAUGAUGUCAUACAAAUCUUAGAAAAUUGUGGUCUUUGA